CCUCGUACUUCUCCUUUUAUAACCUACAACAAAACAAACAACGCAAUAUUUACUUUUUCUUUCCUCUUGUUGUUUCUUUUCUUCUUUUUUUUUACCUCUGAUCAUUAAUUUGGGUGAUUUUCUUACACUUUUGGGAUUGGGGGUAGUGUUGUUAAUUAAAAUGAUGUAUGAACAGCAGCAGCAGCAGCGGCAAGUGAGAAUGGAUUUGAGCAAGAAGGGAGAUGGUUGGAGAAGAUGCAAGGAAGAAGAGAGGCUGGAGAUUGUGGACUUGAGUGGGAUGUCAUUGGAUUCUCUUCCAAAUCCUUCUCUAAAUUUGGCUACUAUUUGCAAGUUAGACCUUUCCAACAAUAAUCUUCAGAGUAUACCAGAGUCCCUGACAGCAAGAUUAUUGAAUGUGGUGACGCUGGAUGUGCACUCCAAUCAGCUUAAGUCUCUCCCAAACUCCAUUGGUUGUCUCUCUAAACUCAAGAUUCUCAACGUUUCUGGCAACCUUCUUCAAACUCUCCCUAAAACUAUUGAAAAUUGCAGGUCAUUGGAAGAAUUGAAUGCUAACUUCAACAAGCUUACAAUGCUGCCAGACACUAUUGGAUUUGAUCUGAUCAACCUGAAGAAACUCUCAGUCAACUCAAACAAGUUGAUUUUCCUCCCUCAAUCCAUCACUCACCUGACUUCCUUGCGAGUUCUCGAUGCACGGCUUAAUUGCCUCAGGACUCUCCCUCAGGACUUGGAGAACCUAAUCAACCUAGAGGUUCUCAACGUAAGCCAAAAUUUCCAAUACCUUGAAAACCUACCAUAUUCUAUCGGCCUCCUGGUUUCCCUCGUGGAAUUGGACGUUAGUUACAACAACAUAUCAAGUUUGCCUGACUCCAUUGGAUGCAUGAAGAAGCUCCAGAAGCUUUGCGUGGAAGGGAACCCCUUGGUUUCACCACCGAUGGAGGUAUUUGAGCAGAGCUUGCAUGCGGUUAAGGAGUACCUGAGUGAGAAAAUGAAUGCAGGGCACAAAAGCCCCCAAAAGAAGAAAUCAUGGGUGAGGAAGUUGGUGAAACAUGGGACCUUCAAUGGGCACAUGAUGAGAGGCGGAGCCCGCCGGGGGAGAGAGGGGUUUAUCAUGUCGGAAUAUAGGUCCAUCGACAGUCUUGCUUCACCACGGUACAUGGGGAUGUUUUCACCGCGCCGACUCUUCUCGCCCCGUACUUACUUUACCAGAUGAAGAACAAAACUCCCUACUUACUUAAUAUAAUUUCUACUGUUUGAAUUUGAAAAUAUAUAUGUCUGCUGCUUGAUCAGUGGUAUAUAUUCAUUAAUUGCAGACUUAAUUUAU